AGUAGUCAUAUUAGCAGCUGACUCGGCCUAGUAGACUAAUAUCAAGAAGUACAAGCGACUCGUACAAGAUGCUGAAGUACAUCUGCGUGCUGCUAAUAUCUCUAAGUGCAGUCUGUUACUGCCAAGACUCCGUCACUGACGGUACCGAGCUCCUGCUCACAUUCUUGGUACAUCGCCAUGGAGACAGGACACCAAUAGAAUCGACUAUGUUCCUCAGCAAUGACGUGGAGGCUCUAGAGGCCGCUACUGCUAGAUACGGAUAUGGACAACUCACUGAUAACGGCAGACGCCGUGCCUACCAGCUCGGUCAGUUCCUGCGCCGUCGGUACGAUGGUCUCCUGUCCCCCGCCUACAACAGGUCGGAGAUCUACAUCCGCUCCACCGACUCCACCAGGGCCAAGAUGACCGUCCUCUCCGCCAUGGCUGCCGUCUACCCCGCGCUUGAGGACAACUGGAGCGCUGACGUCAACUGGACCCCUGUGCCCUACACCACUGUGCCUGCUAAAUACGAUUUUAACCAAGGAGGAAUAAACUGCCCAGCAGUUAGUGAUGUUAUGUUCAGUGAAGGCUACCCAGCUGAACUGGCUCAGUAUACUGAUGUUCUGGAAGAGUGGACUGAGAUAUCUGGAUACAACGUAUCAGCUCAGCUGUUGUAUGCUGUAGAACUCUAUGAUGUUUAUGUUAGCCAGAAAAGUUUAGGAAUCCCCCUGGAUCCUCGCAUCGAAGCGAUUUUCCCUCAAAUUGAAGAAAUUGCCGGCCUCGGAUGGGAAUACAUGUACUCCAAUGAAACCAACAUUUUUGAAGCUGGUGUACUCUUAUACCAGUUCUUCACGGUAGCAGACCAGAUCAUUGCUGGAGAAGACGUGCAAAGAGUCCAGGUGUACUCUGCUCAUGAUGCUAAUGUGUUCUCCUUCGAGGGAGUCACCAGGGUUGUCAAGAGGCAAGGAGCUCCUAAAUACGCUUCUAUGUAUGCCUUGGAGCUAAGGCAGGUGAUUGAGACUGGAGAGUACGUUGUUGUGCCAGUAUACCUGAAUACUCCCAGCGAAGAUGUGAUCACGUACCUGGACAUAACUGGAUGCGGUUCCCGCUGCGAAUAUGAGAGCUUCCGCUCCAUCACAGCUGACUACAGACUGGAUGAAGACACCUGGAGGACCAAGUGUGGCUUCUCUGAAGACAUGGAGAUCGAUACUUCUUCUGUAGAUUAAGAUUACGGAAUUACGGUAAUACCUUAGGACUAUGCGAUGAUGAUUCUCAAAUAAAGAUUUUUU